AUGGAGAACCUCGCGCGAGGCGGCGUUCUGGCGCAUGAUAUCGGCUACGGCAAGACAAUCGUUACGCUUGGUCUUGUUGACUUCUCCGCCGCCAAUCCUGAGAAUGAAGCCAACUCUAUCCAGGAGAGGACGCUGUGGUUGGGCAGCACCAGUCUCAUUCAUCUCAAGGCGACAUUGGUCAUCGUUCCACCCCACAUUGUAAGUCAGUGGGCCAAGGAGACUGUGAGAUUUGUCGGACGUGAUUCAAGAGGUCGCGGCAACGGUUUGCUCACUGUUCAUGUCGUUACGAGACCUGCGGAUGUCGUGCGAGAGAAGUUGAUCGUAGCAGACAUCAUCGUUGUCAGCAGUACGUUCAUCUAUUCGGACAAGAUCAUGGAGAAGCUGGCAGCGGUGUCUAAGCUUCCACCCAUCCACCACAAAAAGUCGGCGUUAAAGGGCCGGGAUCAUAACGAUUGGUACUCUGAAGCCGUCGAAACCAUUCGGCAAUCUGGUUUCGACUUCCGCAACCCAGACAGCACCAGCAGGAUACAGCUCGAUACCGCCUUGCAGAGUCGACGUAAUACUACCAACGACUGGACCCAGAAGGCUGCAGACAACAGCGUGGGCCCUAGCGACCGAAAGACCCAAACGACUGCACGGACAACCGCCAAGAAGAACGCAUCGGUCUCAAAAUACAACUUGAAAGCCAAGGGUGUUGCCGCUAUCGACAUACUGGAAGUCUUCAAGAAGGCCGAGCUGCUGGAGAUGUAUACCUUCCAGCGGGCUGUUUUCGACGAGUUCUCAUACGAAAACACCCCUGUCGCUGCAUUCUUACAGAAUGCCAUCGCCUCCGCGAAAUGGAUCCUCUCCGGAACGCCUCCUACGAUCGACCUUGGCCGGAUUUGCGAGAUUGGUACGUUGAUCAAUGUUCACGUCGCUCGUGCUACGCCUUCUAUGCCGGCUUACUUCCCGAACGUUACAGCUGGACCAAGAAUUUCGGAGCAGACCGAUGCCGAGAAGUACCACAGCUACACAGAACCCAUCUCUGCGCAGAUGGCCAUCGAGCGUCAUGAGCAAGCACAGCGUUUCAUUGCGCACCACUUUCGCAAGAACAAGACAGACGUGGACAACGUGAUUGUCGAAGAAUACAUGUGUUUUGCUCCGAUGCAGCCCCAGGAGGCCUUUCUCUACCAACUGGUGCAACAGUUACUCUACGACGCCAAGUUCGAUAUUCAAGACAUGUCAUGCCAUUUUGCGUUGUUGGUUCAAGCCGCGUUGAACAAGGAGAAGGCUGCAGGCUCUGGUUUGAAGGUCAAGGCUUCAGGCAAGUCGCUUUGGUCCGACGCCAUUGAUGUCUUGCUUUUGCUUGCGUCCGUCUCCGCCUCGUACAGUCAUUCCGGCUUUCAAGCGCUGAAAUGGGUUGGUGCUGGCGAGAGGCUUACUUUACGGACACUGAGUCAACGCACAACUCGCGCAACUGCCAUGCAAUUGGCGCGUUACACACAGGUGCUGGCAUCAUACUUUGACCAGAUGAUGUAUCUUGCGAAUGUCAUCGAAAAAGAUGACACUCCGCGCAGUGCCACCUGGAAGGCCAAACAGGAAGCUUACAUGGGCCACAUGCGGGACAUCAUCAACAUCUUCAAGCACAACAAGGAGGAUGUUGUUGGUGACCGGCAGUGUCUUUUCUACCUGAAGAACGCCAUAAUCUACAAGGCCUCUCGGAAGGGGGCUCCCUACCAGCCGACACCGGGACACGAUGUUUGGAACAUUCAGACGUGGUCGCAGAGGAACGGCGGCCCUGCAGGCUUCGGUCCUGCGGAUUGGUGGCUUCUGAAAGGAGAUGGAAACCUGCCUGACGAGGAACUGCGGGACCUCAUGGAUCAUUGGAUCGACCCCGCGGUAGACGAUCAUGUCAAUAGCAAGGACGACAUCAUCCGAAUUAUACGAAACAAGCAGCUCGACCCUAAUCAACGACUCCACAAAGCAAUGGCACUCGGUCUUGGACUGAAGACGAACGAUAUACGAGACGAUGCCUUGGCUCGACUCGACAAACAUCUGAAUGGCAGCCUGGCAAAGGACGACUUUGAGUUUGGCAUUCAGUUGCCCCGCCAUCGUCCCCACAAAGGUCGAAUGAUCAGACCCAGAGGACAGCCCAUUGACGAGACACUCAAUUGCUUCAUGUUGGUUAUCCAGAGCAUUCAAGCGGGUAUAAAAGCUACGGUUGAGGUCUGGCGGCACCAACUCUUCGCUCUCAAAGCAGAUUGCCUCCAAAACCAGCAGUUUGAUGCCCACAACAGUCUCCCUAUCAGGUGUUCCGGUUGCCGCGAGAUCAUGAGAGGGGCACGGCGUGGUCUUCAAUCUAUCGCGUGUGGACAUACGCUCUGCGAAGAUUGUCACCGUGAUUUUCAGGGAGGCGGUGUUCGCGUCUGCCCGGUUGAGGGUUGUCAGGCAUUGAGUCAGGGGUCCUUUAUGCCCUGGGAUACGUUCUUGGCCAAAAGAACCGACGAUAUGAAUGCAGAUCUGGCAGCGGUUCCAGGGUCCAAGGUGCUGCAGAUCGAAAGUAUUGUUCUUGAGGAGGUCAAGGACGACGAGAAAGUUCUCGUCUUUGCUGCCUUUGCCGGCAUCAAGUCGGAAAUCCACGCCCAGCUGCUCCGCCGUAUUGGCGAUUCCGUCGGAAUCUAUACAACAGAUGGUGGCGAUCAAGACUCUCAGAGCAUCGACUCAUUCAAGUACCACCAUGGAAAAGCCGUCCUGAUCCAGAGUCUCAUGUCCUCAGAGUCUGCUGGAACAAACUUAACCGAAGCCAACCACGUCAUUUUCGCCGGAGUUCUCUUCACGGACUCGGACAACUACACGAUGUACAUGAACCAGGCCAAGGGUCGAGUGAUUCGGCAAGGCCAGACACGCAAGGUGACUAUUUACCACUUGGUAUCACCCGCAACGUUGGAGUUCGACAUCUUCAACCAGAGACAGGACGGCCGAAUUCGCGACUGGGGCCACCUUCACGGUCGGAUUCGCCUUCCGAUCCCUGACGAUGCUCGCGCCGACCCGGCGUAUCCCCUCCGGUACCGUCCUUACCUUGAGGAGUCAGCAGUCGAGAAGCUUCUCCGAUCCGUCGAGUUUGAAGAAUUUGAAGGCUAA